AUGCCACCGAAGCGCGCUGCUGCGACGAAGCGCAAGGCGGAACCCUCGUCCGACGGGGACGACGCGAGCAAAGCGAAGCAGGCGGCGGAGGAGGAUGAGGGUGGAGAUGAAGAUGGCAAUGACGACGCGCCCCAACGAUCCGCGGGCAAGGCAAGCGCAAAGUCCAAGCGCAAGGGCAAGACGGGCGCCGUGCUCAACGGCGACGCGGACGGCUCGAACGCGCAGCCGACGAACAAGACGAUCCCGGACGCGCUGGCGUUCGCGCCGAAGGCCGCCUCGGGCGUGCUUCGCAUCGCAGCGUGGAACAUAUGUGGCCUCGCGGCCGCACAGAAAAAGGGCUUCGGGACGUAUGUGGGCGCAGAAGACGCGGACGUGCUCGUCCUCACGGAAACCAAGGUGAAUGACCCUUCAGUGGACCCCGCCUUGAAGGCGCGAUACCCGCACCAAUAUUGGUCGAUCUCGAGCAAGAAGACAUACUCGGGCACCGCCAUCCUGUCCAAGAUCGAGCCCCUCUCCGUCGACUACACACUCCCGGGCCACCCGGACCCGUCCUCCGUGAAAGGCCGGAUUGUCACGCUCGAGUUUGAGACUUGCUACCUCGUCGGUACCUAUGUCGUCAAUGCCGGGGUCGGGCUCAAGACGCUCGACGCGAAGAAAGUGUGGAACACACACUUUGAGACGUACAUCCGCGCUCUGGACGCGAAGAAGGCGGUGAUCUGGACGGGCGAUCUCAACGUCGCGCCCACGGAGCUCGACCUCGCGAACCCGAAGACGAACUGGAACAAGACGCCGGGGUACACCGAAGCGGAGACGAGGGCGUACGGGCGCGUGCUGAACGCGCCCGAGAGCGACGCGCACGACGCUAGCGCGCCGCGCUUCGUCGACGUUUGGCGGGCGCGGCACCCCGGGCGGCGGCACUACACGUACUUCUCGUACCGGUUCAGCUGCAGGGAGAAGGGGCUCGGGUGGCGAUUGGACAUGUUUGUCGUGAGCGACCGUUUGAUGAAGCGCGUGAAGGCGUGCUCGAUACGCAGCGAGGUGUACGGGGCGUCGGACCACUGUCCGAUUAUGCUCGAGGUCACCGGACCGCUGUAG